UAGAAGCCAACAAGUCACUCCAGAAAGAAGCAAGACGAAACCAACAUGGAUCUUAAAACAUUAAACUUUGAAGUCAGCUUGGGGAAGUUGCAGAAAAUGUCAAAAGAAUUAAUUUUACCGGCGAGAUUUAUUGUUAAAAUUUUGAGCACAAUUUUGGAUUUUGUGUCGAAUUUACUGGCCAGGGUUUUAGGCAGCGCUCUGGUGCACCAUCACUUUCAUCUGCUCCUGUCUGGGAUGGUUUUGUUUGGGCCCCUGCUCAGUCUCUGGGUCUCAAAGUACAACAUCUUUGCCAACAGUAACAACUACCUGUACAGGAAGUUCCUGCGCUCAUCUUGGGGCUGGACCUGCAUCCUGACAGGUUCAUUCAUCCUGGUUCUGUCCCUCACUGCCAGGCGCUCCCUGUCACUCUGUCUGCGUCAUCUGUCUCGUCUGCUGGUCGUGGCGGUGCUCUGGUUUGGCCUAAGACGCCUUCUCGCCAUUUUAGAGAACGCGGCGGGUGCUUGUUAUGAACCAAUGCCCCAAGAAGGUGACAGCUCAAAUCAGCCUUUACUUUUACUACACGAAGACCUGACCAAGGCCUCCUGUCUCCGAGCAAAAAUGCAGUGGAGAGGGUAUGAAGUAUCUCAAGACAUUCUCAUCCUUUGUUUAUGCUGCCUGCUUAUACUUGAGGAGAUAAGCGUUUUUAAAGACCACGUAGCGCCUGCCAUACCCCUGCAGAAGCCCCCAGGAGCCCCCUUACGCUUCAUCUUCCUUCUGUGCACUCUGAUACUUGUUAUGUGGAUGUUUCUGCUGCUUUGCUUGCUUGCACACUUUCCACAGUUCCCAGCGCAGCAGCUAGGGGGCGCUCUGGGGUACCUGACAUGGAGAGGACUGUAUCAGGGGUGGUACAAGCUAAAGGGGAGCAGGUUUUGUCCUGGGAUGCCUGGAGAGGGACUGCUGACUACUGACAAUGACAAAAAAUAAUAUCAAACUGUGUAUUUUUAUGAACUACAACUGUAUUUGGUUUGUUGAAGAUGUGAAAAUGUAAGGUUUUUGCGAUGUCAAAAGUUGGUUCUUUAAAAGUGCACUGCGUAAUUUUUUUCUUGAAAUGACCCUUGCGGUGCCACUAGGUCAGAUCUGUGGAAAGGCAAUUCUGCUCACAGUAAGGUAAAUAUUAGGCAAAGUUACGUAAUGCACCUUUAACUUGAACUAGUCUAAAUGACUGAAGCGAGUUAGAAUGAGUUAAUAUACUAGAUAUUCAUAUAUAUAUAAACUGCUACUUACUUUUGCACUAAUAUGACAAUGCAGAGGUGGGACCAAGUCGUUGCUUUGCAAGUCUCAAGUAAGUCUCAAGUCUUUGACCUCAAGCCUGAGUCAAGCCUCAAGUCAAAGACAGGCAAGUCCAAGUCGAGUCUCGGGUCACUGGCCCAUAAGUCCAAGUCAAGUCCAAGUUGUCUGCUGUUAGUGUCAAAUCAUUUCAAGUCUUUAAACCAAAGUACCAAAUAUUGCUUUGGUUUUUUUAAUAUAUAUGAAUUUUAAACAUUAUUAUUAUUAUUUUAAUUGUAUUUAAAAAAUAUAUAUAUAUAUAUAUUUAUAUGAGUAUUUAUAGGGUAUAUAAGAGUUGUAGAAAUGUAAUUUUUUCCUUUUUAAAUGUCUUGACGAGAUCUUGUGUGAAUCAUUACGGUCAAAAUAGAAAGAAUUCAGUUUUAAAAGUGCUUCUCGAGUCUUCUCAAGUCACAGGCCUCAAGUCCAAAUCGAGUCCCAAAUGUUAGCCCAUUUUAUCAAGUCAAGUCCUAAAAAUACUGACUCAAGUCUGACUUGUGUACUUGUGUACACUGUGUGAAUGUGUGUGUGUGAAUUGGGUGAGUGGUUCCUUGUUGUAAAGCGCUUUGAGUGCCUUGAAGGUGGAAAAGCACUAUAAAAAAUGUGACCAUUUACCAUUUUACUUGAGUCUAAGUCACGACUUGCAAGUCCCCACCUCUGUGACAAUGUGACUGUUUUUUUUUCUUGCACUUAACUAUUAAAGCUUCUUGUUAUAUUUGUACUUUUUGUAUUUCACUCAUAAAUAACACUGUACAAUAAUGAAACACCAUUAGAAC